CCUCUCUCCCUUGUGGCAAUAAUGGAGGAAUCAAACCGACACGGCACCUCGGUGCCUCUCAACCACCUACCCCCCCACUCGCAUCUUCCUCACGAUGUGACUAUCGCCUACAAUGCCGCCACCACCACUGCACUGGAGCCCGCCGUGCCGCACCGCCGUAUCAGCAUCGGCUGUGACGAGGAAAGCCAGCCGCCGCCGCGCUACACCCUGGAGAACGACCCGUUCCAGCUUGCCUCGAAGCUGAAAACGCCCGAGGAGAUUGAACAGAUCCAACCGCAAGCCAACACGGCCCGCAAACGCGAUUCCCACACCAAACGCAGCAGCACCUGCCUCCCCUCCCUUAGCGGCGGCGGCGGCGGGGGCGGCGGCAUCCAUCGCACGCUCACCCAGACCCUCGCCUCCCGGCAACUGCAAGGGUUCUACCAGACGCAAAACGAGAACAUCGAGCGCAUGCUGAAGCCGGUGGAGGAGCACGUGCGGGCGGCGCGCGAGACCAACAGCAGCAACCAGCUGAAGUACAAGAUCGCGGUGUACGGGAGCUUUGCGGCGAACGUCCUGCUGUGCGUGCUGCAGCUGUACGGGGCGAUCUCGUCGGCCUCCCUGUCGCUCUUCACGACGAUGGCCGACGCGAUCUUCGACCCGAUGUCGAACCUGACGCUGCUGCUCAGCAACAAGGCGGUCAACCGCGUCGACGCGCGCAAGUUCCCCGCGGGCAAGGCGCGCAUCGAGACCGCCGGCAAUAUCUGUUUCUGCUUCCUCAUGUCGGCCGUCUCCUUCAUCUUGAUUGCCUUCUCCGUGCGCGAGCUGGUCGAGGGGUCCGCGGCCGAGACCGGCUCGUUCCAUCUGCCCUCGGUCGUGGCGGUCGUCGUCGCCUUCUGCACCAAAUUCGCGCUCUUCGUCUACUGCUUCGCGCUGAAGAACCAGUACUCGCAGGUCCGGAUUCUGUGGGAGGACCACCGCAACGAUCUGUUCAUCAAUGGGUUUGGCAUUCUGACCUCGGUGGGCGGCAGCAAGCUGCGCUGGUGGAUCGAUCCCGCCGGCGCGAUUGUGUUGUCGGUGCUGGUGUCUGUUCUGUGGCUGCACACCGCCUACCAUGAGUUCCAGCUGUUGAUCGGUGUCACGGCGGACACGAAGAUGCAGCAGCUGAUCACGUAUAUUUCAAUGACCCACUCCCCCCUCAUAACCGCCAUCGACACCGUCCGCGCCUACACCUCUGGCCCCCGCCUCGUCGUCGAGGUCGACAUCGUCAUGGACCCCGACGACUCGCUGCGCGCCACCCACGACGUCGCCGAGGAGUUGCAGACGAAGCUGGAGUCGUUGCCGGAUGUGGAGCGCGCGUACGUGCAUGUGGACUAUGAGACGACGCAUAAGCCGGAGCAUUUUCUGAAAAAGGAGCUGUAGGGUCUCUAUGGAUUGAUGUAUGUGUAUCUCUGAGGAGUGCUUCAGUGGGGGGGAGGGUGGAGUUGCGUGGCAAGAAUGGUGGGUUUGGGGAUAAAACUAUACAUAACCUCGUUUUAUUAAACUAGUAGGGAAUGCAACGACGAGUAG